UCCCAUCCCAUCCCAUCCCAUCCCAAUCCCCCUGCUCGUUCAGCACCUCCAUCACGCUGUGGGCUCAGCUCACCUGCCCUGGAGCUGGAACAGGAACCAGGGGCUUCUCCAUGCCUUGAACAACCCCCCUGCCCCCCAGAGCUCCCACUUCUGCUGUCUUCAAGGCUGGGACCACCACAAGGGUGUUUCUGGUCCUGUGGGACUCCAGCAACUCCACAAGACCCUCUUGCUUUAAGGGUCUGGGGCUGGUGUUGGGCCCUGUUCCCAUUUCUGCUGUACACUGGGGUUUAGCAGGAUCUGUUUCAUGGCAAAGGAAGGGGCAGAGGGCUGCAGGAGCUGCUGUCCCCGGGGUUGGGGGGGGGAGCUGGGCUCAGCCCGACCGAGCACGGCCCCGGCUCUGCGUCACCGCUCCCCUCAGCUCUGCUUUCCUUCCCUUGGAGUUUCAGCUUUGCCACACAAAGAACAGCCCCUCUUGGGGACGGCAUGGUGGCUGUGGGUGACACAGCCGCCCACCCAGGCUGGGGACAGGGCACUGGGGGUCCCAGCUCAGGCCCCACAAGCCUGGGCGAGCAGCAGCAUGACAUAAAGCUCCCAAGGCCUCGUGCCCUGUGCCCGGAGGUGACUCACAGCUGUGAAAACCGGGGGAGGAAUUUUAAAAAGUGCUGCUGAGCUCUGAGAAGGCAGGUGGAACCAGCACGUCUUGCUCAGACCUCCAGCGUCACCUUGGCUGCUCCUUUGCUGGUGUCACCUCCUGGGUGGCCCUCCCUGGUGCUGGUGUCCUGUGCACCCUCCACAGCCAGGGAAGAGCGUGGAGAGAUUUGGGAUGGGUGCUUGGCUGGUGGCAGGAGGAGUGUCCAGCAGGUGGGAGCUGGGCUGGGAGCCCCUGGGAUGGCUGGCAGGAGCAGCACUUGCUGCUGCAGUUCCAGGCUCCAUCGGCACCGUGCAAUCAGAAAUAAGGGCUUCCCUUCCCUUCCUGUUGCCAAACCCUCCUCAGCAAUCAGCGUUUGGGCCCUUGAAAGCAGCAAAAUGAAUUUCCAGCUGUCUCCCUUUCUGCUGUCUCCUACCAGGCUGCAGCAAAGGUGUCCAGCGAGGGCAGGGCUGGCCGGGUGCCCCGCGGGGCCAUGGCCGAGCGCCGGGCGGGCACCAAGGGCCGGCGCCUGGGCUCCAGCCGGCGCAAGCAGCUGCAGGAGGGUCCUGCUGAGGAGCCACCGUGGGCACCUGAAACACUGCAGAGGGUGCAGCACCUGCUCAGCGCCAGGGACACGGAGCAGGCGGGAGUUGUCACCCGCUCGGACGUGCAGAAGCUGCAGGAGGAAGGUUUGCCGUGCAGCAGGGAGGAGCUGGAGCUUGUGUUCGAUGGGCUGGAUGCCGCUGGCACCGGGUGCUUGGGCACAGAGGAGUUCAUGGCCGGGCUCCGGCAGUUCCUGAGCCCCCAAAAAGCUGCCAGGGAGCACCGGCGGAGGAAGACGGCGUCGCGGAGGGUGCGGCUGGUGCUCCCCGCCCCGGCGCUGGAAGUGGGGGACAGCGAGGAGCGCAGACACUUCGCUGCCUUUAUGGAGCAGCUGGGCACAGACAACCUCUCUGAAGAACAGGAGAUCUGGCAGCUCUGGGUGAAGCUCCGGCAGGAUGAGCCCCAGCUGCUGGACAACCUGGAGGACUUCCUGGCCAAGAUGAGGCACCGCAUCCAAGAAGCCAGGAGCAAGAAGGAGGCUUUGGAGCUGACUCUGAACAAGCGUGUGGCUGAGCACGACAGGGACGUGCAGCAGCUCUGCGAGGUCCUGGAGCAGCAGAUCCAGCAGGAGCAGCUGCGGCUGCAGCAGCAGAGCACGGCCCGGAGCCACCAGCAGGGCGAGGAGCUGCAGCGAGUGCUGGAUGCCAGCGAGAGGGAGGUGCAGCGCUUGGUCACGGCGCAGAUGGAGCUGGAGCGGCGCUGCCGCAGCCUCCACAGCUCCCAGCAAGUCACCAGCACAGAGAACCAGCAGCUGGAGCAGAGCAACCGGGCACUGCAGCAGCACCUGCAGCACCUGCACCAGCAGCUGCAGCAGACCCAGGGCCACCUGAGCACAAUGAGGGCUGCCAUGGCUUGGGAGCACAUGGGGGAGCCAGGGGACGGAGUGGUGGCAGAGUUACCCAUCGAGGUGCCAGUGUCCCCACAGCUGAGUCCUGGGAAGAGCGAGAAGUUCCGCUCCGAGAUGCGGAUCAGGCUGGGAUCCCAGAGCAGCGAGAGCAAAGCCAAGAGCACCCACCAAGUGGUUUGGGAAAUGCUGCCAGCAGAAAUAAACCUUUCAGGAGCCCCACAGAAAGCAAGCUCUGCAGAAGAGGAUCCCUCCCCAGAACCUUUGAAAGAGGAAGGUGUCCAUUUCCAAAGCUCUUUGCUAAGAGAGAUGAAUGAUGCAAUAGCAGCUCUGAGCAAACAUCUGAAGGCACAGGCACUGGGUGCACCCCUGGCAGACACUCCCUGUCACCCCUGGGACAAUGCUGAGCCCCAGACGGGGCCAGAAGCAGCAACAGCCCAUGAAUCCACCCCUGGGGUCCUGCAGGAGACCCUCCCUGGCCACAUCCAUCACGAGCUGCUGGAAGGAGACCUGCAAGAGGAGCCAGCCUCAGCUGAGCUUCGUGCUGCGGAUGUGACACAGGCUGGUGCGUCCGCAGGAGCUGGGCACUGCACGGCUCAGGAGCCAGGGGCAGAGCAGGGACAGAGCCCAGAGGAGGCACAGAGGAUGUCAUUCCUGCAAGGAAAGGGUGCUGGUGUGGAGGAGAUGGUGCUGAAUGUGGCUGAGCAUCUGGGAGAGAGCAUGGAGGCAGGAGAGCAGGUGCAGAUGGAGGUGGAGGGAGCAGAGUGGCUGCAGGAAACAAAACCACAACCCCUGGGAGAAGCUGAGGAAGGGGAGAUAAGCCAGAGAGAAAAUUUGGAGGCAGAUCUGGGGCCACCUGAGGCUGGGCAGGAAGGUGUAGCAGUGGGACAGGGCCUUGCCAUGGAUGAGCAUCAGUCAGGCAGGGUGCAGGGUGAACGUGGCACAGCACUGCGGGAACGGGCUGAGCCAGUGCUGGGGCUCCCAGGGAAACUGGAAACUGAGCUGGGAGAGCACUUGGAGCCAGAGCCACCAUCCUGGGCUGAGGCACAAGUGGGAGCAGCCCGUGGGAGUGGUGGCCCUGAGGUGACAGCGGCUCCUGGCCCAGGAGGGCUGGAGGAGGAGCGUGCCAGGGCAGAGGUGCAGCCCCGGGGAGAGACCAGGGACUCCAAAGUGCUGGAGGUGCUGCCAGCCCAAGCUGAGCGUGCAGGGAGCAGCAGAGCUGGGGGUGAGGAAGAGGAGGUGGAGGAAGCAGAGCCCAGGGAAGCAGAGCAGCAGCUGCAGGGUGAGUGUGCCAGGGGAGGCGCGGGGUGGAGAGGGAGUGAGGGCACUCUGGAGCCACUGGCAGUGGCUGUGCCACCCACCCAUGGGCAGGGAGGAGUGGAAACAGAUGUGGAACUGAUGGAGGAACACAGCAGCACCAACAUGGAGCUGCUGGCAGAGGUGGAGGCAGAUCUGCAGGUCUGGAAUGAGGCUGGCUCCCCAGGGACACAGCAGGGAGGGGGUGUGGAUCCAGGUGUGCAGCUGGAGAAGGAUAAACCCGAGGUAGGGCUGGGAGAAGAAAUGGGGGCUGCUGCAGGGCACUGUGAGGGUCCUUCCCCUGCAGAAGCACCUGUGGGCAGCCUGGACUUGUGUGGGCUGUUCCCAGGUAAGUCUCAGGCACUGGAACUGAUGGAGGCAGAUCUGCAGAUCUCUGGGGGUCCCAGCCCAGAAAAACCCCAGGGAGGGGAGGGGGAAGGAGCUGUUCAGCUCCAAGAGAACGAGGAGGAGGAUGGGGCAGGACAGGAUGAGCACAGGCUGCCACACGAGCCUGUGCCUCAUCCCAGUGCAGUGACCUUGGGUCAGGGGGAGGGGGCUGGUGUAGGGCUACAACUGAGGGAGAAUGCUGAAAGCCUGGACACUGCUGAGGACCAGAGUACUGGUGCCAAAGUGCAGCUGAGUGCAGAGGGGGAUGAGCUCAGACUGACCCCAGGAGGGAGCACAGAGGCAGAUCUGCAGCCCUUGGGUGAGGCUGGAUCCUCAGGGACAGAGCAGGGAGGGAGUGUGGAUCCAGAGGUGCAGCCCCUGGAUCAGGAGGAUAAAGAAGAGCUUUUGGAAAGGAAGGCAGAGGAUGUCCAGGAAGAUAGGAUGUUCACUGAGGGUCCCAGCCCAGGGGCUCCUUGGGGAGGGGAGGGUGAAAGAGCUGUUCAGCUGGAGGAGGAGGAGGAGGAGGACGAGGCACAAGGACAAGGAGAGCAUGAGCUGCCACACGAGCCUGUGCUUGAUCUGCAUGUGUCAGGGGUCAGGCAAGGUGAGGGGGCAGAUGAGGACAUGCAAGCACAGGAGGAGGCUGAACGCCUGGACACUACUGAGGACCAGAGCACUGGUGCCAAUGUGCAGCUGAUUGCAGAGGGGAAUGAGCUCAGACUGACCCCAGGAGGGAGCACAGAGGCAGAUCUGCAGCCCUUGGGUGAGGCUGGAACCUCAGGGACAGAGCAGAGAGAGAGACUGGAUCUGGAGGUGCAUCCCCUGGAUCAGGGGGAUAAAGCAGAGUUAGUGGAAGGGGAGGCAGAGGGUGCCCAGGCAGACCUGCAGCUGUCAGAGGGUCUCAGCCCAGGAGGCCCAUGGGGAGGGGAGUGGGGAACAGUCCUUCACAGUGAGGAGGAGGAGGAGGGUGAGGCACAAGUGCAAGGUGAGAAUGGGCUGCCUCAGGAGUCUGUGCUUUCUCCAGAAGGAGCACGAGGCCGACAGGGAGAGGGGGCUGGUGCAGGAUUAGAGCCACAGGAGGCAGCUGAAAACCUGCACACCCUGAAGGCCCAGAGCACUGACACUGAUGUGCAGCUGUUCACAGGUCAGCAGAUGCCCAAAUCAGGCUCAGGAGGGAGCACGGAGGCUGAUCUGACCCCUCUGGGUGUAGCUGGGUUGUGGAAAGGGGAGCAGGGCCUGACUCUAGGUUUGGAGGCAGUUCUGGGUCCAUCUCCCACUGCAAACCCAUGGGAAGGAGCUGCUGCUGCAGAUGUGCCCCCUCCAAUGGAGGCUGCUUCGGUUCCUGAGCCUGCCACUCCUGCAGAGGGCCCUGGUCUGGAAGCAAAGCUGGGAGCAUGCAUUGGUCCUGAGGGGCAGAUUCUGGAGGCACAGGAGUUACUGCAGGGAGAGAGAGCUCCUGCAGAGGGGCAGCCUCUGGAUGGAGCUCACGGUCUGGAAGCGGCACAGGGAGAGAGGCUGGAGGCAGAGGUGAGGAAUGGAGUGAAAACUCAGGGUCUAGGACUAAACCAGGGCCAUGAUGAUGCUGAGUUGGCCUCUCUGGUCUCUGAGGUGCUGUCACAACUCAGCCCCCUAAAGCGGGAAAUGAUGAUGCAGGAGGAUGUUCUCAUUCCAGAUGUGUGGCGGCUUUGUGCUCCGGGACUGGCAGCCCAAAGGGAGCUUCAGGAGCAGGUUUCAGCACAGGGACAAGAGGGGAGGCUUCACACAGUGGCCCAACAGCCAGAGGGGGAGACACCAUCCAAGAUGGAACCGGAGCACACGGCUGCUGGACCUGCUGAGCAUCCGAAGCAGGAGGUGCCACCAGCAUCAUCACUGCACACAGCAAUGCAACCAGGAGAUGCUGGGAGUGAUCAGCUGGGGGUGGUCCUCAGAAAAAACUCACUGGGGCAAAGGCAGCUCUUGGGAGAACAGAGCAAAGACCUCAGUGUUGGUCAACGAGAGAAGAUGCAAGAGUUUGGUCAGAAAAUGAGCCAGGAAGGUGAGCCCAGCUCAGGAGAGCCAGGGGCUGUGACUGCAUGUGGGGCAGGAGCUGCCCCAAGGGGCUGUCCUAAAGCUGCCCUGGACCCAGACCACCUCUACAAUGUGCUGUUCAUCGGGGACUCCCACGUGGGCAAAACAUCGUUCCUGUACCGUUUGCACGCCGACACCUUCAACCCCCACCUCACCGCCACCGUGGGACUGGAUUACCAGAUCAAAACCCUGGUUGUGGAUAACGAGCGCUUUGCUCUCCGCCUGUGGGACUCCGCUGGUCAGGAAAGGUACCGCAGCGUGACCAAGCAGUUCUUCCGCAAGGCGGACGGGGUGGUGCUGAUGUACGACAUCACCUCCGAGCUCUCCUUCUCCGACGUGCGCUUCUGGCUCAGCUGCAUCCAGGAAGGAGCAGAGGAUGGAGUUGCCGUUCUGCUUCUUGGGAACAAAAGUGACUGUGCUGCCCAGAGACAGGUCCCUACAAAGGAGGGUGAAUGCCUGGCCAAGGAGCACCAGCUCAUGUUUUACGAGUGCAGCGCUGCCUCGGGCCACAACGUCUUCGAGUCCAUGGCCAGCUUCACCAGGUUGCUCAAAGUUCGUGAAGAUGAAUUGAAAAAUAAGGCAGAAGAGGUACCAAAGGCACCCCAGAAGAAAAAGGGCUGCUGCUGGUGAUGGACAGACACCCCACACACUGAUCUGAAACUGCAUCAACAGCCAGAAAAGCAUAAAAAUAGUCCUUGGACAACUUCUCUUUUUCUGUGUGUCUUCUUUGCCUGAUCUUCCUUGGAUGCUGAGAGCAAAAGCUGCUGUGGGGGACCCCCUGCCAUUCCCCCAGAACACACCAGCCCUCCAAAAUACUUCUCAGGGAACUUUGCAACUUUCUUUUGGAGACUAAAAAGAGGCCAAGAAAAGAGGCAGAAAAGGAACCCAGCUGAGUCUGAGAUGCUGCAAUGAUACUGGAAGCAGCAGGGAGUAAACCCAAGCCUUGGGAUAGAAGAAAUGAAAACCUGAAGCCAUCCAAGUGUGUAAAAUAAGGGGGUUUAGUGCUGUUGGUAGUCUGAGCUAUGGGGACUUCUGUGCUGUCUUUGCAAUCUGAUUGGAUUUGAUCAGGAGCAAUGAGAUAUUCAACAUAUUCUAAAUGCACUUAAAUAUCUCCAAUGACACAAGGUAAAGCUAAUUUUUCCCUUUCAUGGUUUAUCCUGCCAGUGAGCAGUGAUAAGGCUUGUCAGAAACUACUAAAUAUUUUGCUGAAAAUAAAUUCAAAAGCCUCAAGAGCACAUCCGGGAUAAGAAGAAGAUAAAUGCUUGCAAGAGGUUUCUUUCAUUGUGUUGUCCCCAGAGCAAAAUUCUGGAUUAUUGAACCAAAUUUCAGGCUGGGCAGAGAAGAACGAGCUGCUGCAUCCUGCUCUUCUGCUCUUUUUGAAGUACUGAAUUGGUUUUAAAUCCAGCUUGAAGAACCUAAAUAAGCACAUCACAAUUUCAAGGGUUUUUAAAAAAACUUUAUACAGCUUGAUUGAACUAUAGUUUUGCAGGAAAAAAAAAAAAAAAAAAAGACAUACAGACUAAAUAAAUAAGAAUACAAGUGCUAUAUUUUAGUAUUUUAUAUGUUCCAUGUAAAUUCCCAGCAGUUCAACAGGUAUAUUUAAAGACUCUGCUUAUGUGCAGAGUUUGCAGAAAUAAUUCUGCCUAGCUGGGUUUACUUUUUGUUGCCACUAUUAUUUAUAUGUACAUAAUGGCAAAGCAUAAUAGUAGCCAGUUUUUACUUUAGAAAAAUAAAGUGACAACAGGAUUUGGGCUUCUAGCAACACUAUAUAUUUUCAUAUAUAAUUACAUAUAUUUUAUAUAUAUCAGCUUCACCAGCCAGGGUCCAACUUUGCAGUGACUCUGGAAUUUCUGAGUCUUUUAGGGAUGAUUUAUUUUUCCUGCACACCCUGAUUUAUCACUCCAGUACCUCUGUACCCUAAGUCUCCAUCCCCUGCCUACCUCAAGUCAUUCUCCUUUGGCCCCAUCAUUAAAAUACUUAAUUUUCUUAA